AUGAGUGUCCGCACAGCGCUGUCCCUCCCGCGGAGGGCAUCUUUCUUCUACACGCCAUGCCGACGCUGGCCGUCGAGUACCCGCUCCUUUGCGACGACGCUCCGCCGCGAUGCGACGUGGGGCUUUAUUGGUCUGGGCCAGAUGGGCUACAACAUGGCCAAGAACUUGCGCGCCAAGAUCCCCGCAUCCGACACGCUGAUUGUACGCGACGUCAACGAUGAGACGGCCGCGCGCUUUGCUGCCGAAGCCCAGGAGGCGGCAGGGAGUAGUGGCGAGGGCAAGGUCGAGAUCGCAGACAAUGCACGCGAAGUGGCCGAGAAAUCAACAGUGAUGAUUACCAGUCUGCCCGAGUCCCAACAUGUCAUUGAUGUCUUCCAUUCCAUCCUCAAACACGGUGACCUGCCACCCCUCGAGGCGGAGCGUCUCUUCAUUGACACCUCGACCAUUGACCCCGUCACGUCCAAGGACAUUGCCAAUGCCAUCCAUACGACGCAGCAGGGCCGAUUCGUCGACGCCCCCGUUUCGGGAGGCGUAGUCGGCGCUCGCGCCGGCACGCUCUCCUUCAUGUUCGGCGCCUCCUCGCAGACAGGCCAGCUGAUCGAGCGCGUGCGCGGCGUGCUCGCCCUGAUGGGCAAGAAGGCAUGGCACCUCGGCGAUCCCGGCGCGGGCGUCUCGGGCAAGCUCGCUAACAACUACAUCCUGGCCAUCAACAACAUCGCCACUGCCGAGGCCAUGAACCUGGGCGUCCGAUGGGGGCUGGACCCUAAGUCUCUGGCUGAAAUGAUCAAUUCGUCCACGGGCCGUUGCUGGCCCUCUGAGGUGAACAACCCCGUCCCCGGCGUCGUGGACACGGCCCCGGCCUCGCGGGGGUACGAGGGCGGGUUCGGUGUGAGCCUGAUGCACAAGGACUUGCGACUUGCUCUCGUGGCGGCAGAGAAGUCGGGCACCCCUCUCACAUUGGGCGACCAGGCGCGCGAUGUCUACAAGGCGGUUGAGGAGGCACACCGAGGCAAGGACUUCUCGGUGGUGUACAAGUGGUUGCAGGACAAGUCGGAGUAA